AUGCACCGAUUCGAAAAAGAGUUGUCAAGUCUGGAGGAUUGUAGCGAGUUACACGAAAACGAGGCUAGUCAGGUUGUUGUUUUUAGUCAGGAAAUUUACAAAAUAAUACUAAAAAUUAUACGAAGUUAUAUAAAAGGUUUUCAUGGAAAAAUUGUUGUUUAAAGUUGCAUGCCAUCGCACUGUUGUGUACCUCUUUGUUCUCAGCAAGGAUACCGACUCUCAAAUGGUGAAAAGGUUUCAUAUUUCAACUUUCCAAAAGAUAAAACUGCACGUAAACAAUGGAUUCAUGCAAUAAGGCGCGACGAAGGGAACUAUUUUAAAAUCCAUGACAAGACAAAGGUUUGUUCUCUUCAUUUUAAGCCUGACGACUUAAAGAAAUCUUUAAAUGGAAGAAUAUUUGUAAAGGAAGGCAAUAUUCCUUCAAAGUUUGAGUGGAAGCUAGAAUCGCCGAAGAAACGAAAAGCACCAGCAGUCCGACAGCCACUAGUCAAGUACACAACAUGCAACAAUGUGCCAAGUACUUCUUCACAUGCAGAUUUCACAGUCAGUAAAGUCAAUGACAACGAGGAAUUAUUGAAGGAAGAG